AUGCUGAGCGGCAUGCGCGACGACUCGCCGUCAGGCAGCGCGCCGCCGGAAGGGAUGGAAGCCUUUCCGUUUUUGGCGCCGGGCGGCGCGCCUGUGCUGCCGCUCUCGGCGCUGCGUCAGGGCAGCGCGGCGAUGCAGCGCGAAUCGAGCGGCGCAUCAGAGGAUGAGCCGGAACUCGAUAGCAAGACGGCCGAGGAAAAGAGCCAGAACGAGGCGCAGCUCGCCAAGGUCUACGAGUCCUUCCACUUUGACGAGCUCUGGGCGAAGCUCGGCGAGUCGCUCGCGCGCCUGCGCGCGGACCCGAGCUCGGCCCAGGUCCUGCUGCCGAUCAUUGAGAGUCUCAUGGUCGUGUCGCGCCACGCGAUGAAGGCGCAGGCGGACGCCGAAGGUCGCUCGCUCUCGGAGCCGGCCGCCUCGUCACGCCGUGCGCAGAUGGAGCAAGAGUUUCUCGCAUUCACCGAGCAGCACCGCAAGAUCCUCAAUUUGAUGGUGCGCCAGAACCCCUCGCUGAUGUCGGGGUCGUUUGCACUGCUGGUCAAAAACUCCAAGGUGCUCGACUUUGACAACAAGCGCAACUACUUUACGCAGCAGCUGCACAAGGGCCGCCGCGAGCACUAUACCCCGCUGUCGCUGUCGGUGCGGCGCAAGUUUGUCUUUUACGACAGCUUCCAGUAUUUCCAGCGCCGCUCCGGCCCCGAAAUUAAGCACGGCAAGCUCAAUGUGCGUUUUCACAACGAAGACGGCAUCGACGCGGGUGGCGUCACCCGCGAGUGGUUCCAGGUGCUCUCGCGCGAGAUGUUCAACCCCGACUAUGCGCUCUUCCAGCCGUGCGCGGCGGACCGCACGACCUACCAGCCGAACCGCAUGAGCUCGGUGAACGACUUGCACCUGUCCUUCUUUACGUUUAUUGGGCGCGUGAUUGGCAAGGCGAUUUACGAUGGGCGCCUGCUCGAUGCGUACUUUACGCGCAGCUUUUACAAGCACAUCCUGGGGCGCGCCGUGGACUACAAGGACCUCGAGGCGGUGGACCCCGAGUACUACAACAGUCUCGAGUGGAUGCUGCACAACGACAUCACCGACGUGCUCGACCUGACCUUUGCCGUGGAGGAAGAGGUCUUUGGCGAGACGCAGCUCGUCGAGCUGCGCCCUGACGGCGCCUCGAUUCCUGUCACGAACGAAAACAAGGAGGAGUACGUGCGCCUGGUCACCGAGCAGCGCCUCACGAACUCGAUCAAGCAGCAGAUCGACGCAUUCCUCACCGGCUUCCUCGAAGUGAUUCCCCGCGACCUGAUCCAGAUCUUUUCCGAGCAGGAGCUCGAGCUGCUCAUCUCCGGCCUGCCCGACAUCGAUGUGGACGCGUGGAAGAACCACACGGAGCUGCAGGGCUACUCGAGCAGCGACUCGAUGGUCCAGUGGUGGUGGCGCGCGGUGCGCUCCUUUGACCAGACCCAAAAAGCGAAGCUGCUCCAGUUCAUCACCGGGACAAGCAAGGUGCCGCUGGAGGGCUUUGCGCAACUGCAAGGCGUGCAUGGCACGCAGCGUUUCAAUAUCCACAAGGCCUUUGGCGAGAAUCGCUUGCCGGUCGCGCACACAUGUUUCAAUCAGCUCGACCUGCCGCAGUACGAUUCCUACGAAAAGCUCCGGAGUCAGCUGCUCCUCGCGAUGAACGAGGGUGGCGAAGGCUUUGGCCUGGCAUAG